AUGGAAUUGGAAGGUAUCAAAGAGGUCGUACCCUUAGAUGAAGAUUACGAGUAUUUCUUCACUGUCCAAUGUUCAUCAUGUAGGGAAGUACAUCCCAAAACAGUAAGCUUCAAUCAGAAGGAGGAACACGAGAUUUCAGGAUCAAAAGGUUCAGCUCAUUUCGUAUGGAGAUGUGGUAAUUGUAAGAAAGAACACUCAGCCUCAUUCGCACCCUCCAACCCCUCCCCCAAAUCAAAAUCUAAGUCCACCUCACCUAUACCUUACUCCUCCACCAACGGGGCUUUCGAAUCAUUGAUAUCAUUAGACUGUAGAGGAUUGGAAUUCACCGAAUUCCAUUUCAGAGGUAGGUGGAAAGCUAAAGCAGAAGAAGGAAAGGAGUUCGAGAUUGAUUGGGAUGAACUGCAUAAGGAGAACGAAGAUAGAUGGGAUGAUUAUGAUGAUGAGGCGGGUGUGGCUGUUAGUGUGAGUGAAUUGAAAAGUAAGAUUGAAAGGGCGUAA